UUUAUACUUUAGUUAUCAUUUAAAAUAUUUAAAAUUACACAGUCUGCUUUAUUAUUACAUAAUUUACAUUACGCACAUAUGCACACACAUACCCAUGUACUACAACACGUCACUUCACUGCCUAUUGUCUACCAUAUAAAAACUGCCUCGUCUUGGACUCGAUUGAAAAAUAUUCUCUCUUGUGUAAACAGCUGAGUCGGCACUUAUAACUUUCUUAUGAGCGCUGUGCUUUAUCCUGGCUCAUAAUAUUGUUUUUCAAGAGGGAGAAGCAAAAGAAAGUUCUAACUCGAGAAGUGGGUGAAUAACUAUUCCAUUACACCUCGUGAUUGAUUAAAGUACAUCAUCAAAAGUGUUCCAUCGAUUAAGAAAAUGGUGGAGCCAGCUAAUAUUAACCCUAAAGCUGAAGACUGCUACUUCUACUUCUAUUCAACCUGUACAAAGGGUAACGAUUGUCCAUUCCGGCACUCUUCUACCGCCCUUGGCUCUGAGCAAGUGUGUGAGCUGUGGUGUUCUGGAAGCUGCACUAGAUCUGUGUGUGCAUUCAGGCACUGCGUCUUAGACCGUCAGAGAUCAAGUAUUCCUUGCUACUGGGAGAGUCAGUCCACUGGCUGCCUCAAGCUGCACUGUCCGUUCAGGCACACCAAAUCUCGCCCUAAAAUGCCUAACGUUUUUGAAAAAAUAUCGCAAUAUAACCUAGGUACCAUCAAAGUCAAGUCACUCAGUGAACUGCGACAGACCAGCCAGAAUCCAUCCUCCAUUGGCAACAAAAUACUUCAGGACCCGAUAGACUCUGCUGUUACAACUGGCGGCUCCAUGUUUAAGUUGGAAAGAGUGUUGGAGGAAGCUUCUAUGCAGGCAAGGGGAAUCCAAAAGGACGCUAUUUUUCCUUUUCAUUCAUCAACUGCUGAUAUCCAGCAAUCACAUAAAAUGAAAAAUGGAUGUCCAAUCUCUCAAACUCUGAUUGAGAAACAAUCUGUUUCUUCUUCAAAUGUUUUUUCAGCCGAGCGAGUUAGUUCUUCUGAAUCGAUUUUUAGUCCGACGUUCAACCCAAACCUUGCAGAUCAUACAAUGAUUCCUGAGAAUGGUAGUCAAGCAACGUUUUCUUUCAGCAGUGAGAGUCCGUCACAACAAGGACCAAGUUCUUCCACUGCUUCUGCUAGACAAGGGCUACGAGCGAACAAACCUUCUCAACCCAGUCACACCCGUAAAAAAAUAAAACCUCAGGCACGACCAUUAAAUACAGUCGUUAUGGCCCCAACAACAGCAAAGUUAGUGUCUCCACUACUUGGUAAACAUAUAAAGUUAAAACGCUCAUCAAGUCAGAAGCUGAAAGAAGAUAUGCCUGAACCAAAAAAGCCUAAGACAUCAGACAACAGUAAAACAGCAGCAGACAGACCAAUCUCACUCGACUUCAAAGUGAAGUCGCUUGAAGAGAUUCGACAUGAAAAAAGAAAUCAACGCAAGACAGAACCGAAGAAGGAACGGUUACACGGCGUUGAUGUUCCCAAAGAAGAAUUUAAUGGCACUAUCAAGAAUUCCAAUCCUACAGCCACCACCAAAAGACUAGUGCGCAUUAAAAGAAAGCCGCCUGUUUCUCAAGUACAAAGCAUUAAUCAGAAAGCAACUGAAGGAAACCCCAAAAAGAGUUGGCUUAAUUCCGUACCCAACAUAUCACAGCUACAGAAUCCAAGUAUAAAGUCAACAGAACGUUCUGACCACACUAAAACAACAACAAAAACCAUGGCAGGACUGGUUGCUCUGGACUCAGAUGACCAUACGAGCUCAAUGAUCGACUGUAAAGAGAUUGACACAUUUGGAACUCAUUCUGGAAUUUACGGGGCAAGCCCCCAAGUUGAGUCUAUCGUUAAAAACAGUGCACUGUGCUGUGAUGAUGACUCCAAUCACGAUGAAUCUCUUCUGGCCGAGAUGGCAAUGUUAGAGCAAGAACUGACUGUAGAUCAAACCCAAGUAGAGAGCAGUUCACUUAUGGACAGCAGAGACAAUGAUGACCUCAUGCUGGAAAUGGAAGAAUUUAUGUCGUAGAUGCAGUGACUUUACUGUGUAUAUAUGAAGACGUGAUUAUUUUUCAUACUUACAUUCUACAUGAAGAUAAUUUGUGAUGUUUUUGCUCUAACAAAACAUCCAAGAAUUCAAA